AUGAAUACAAACAUUGUAAACCCUAAAAAGGCACGACGAAUAGACAGCGACCAAUUCGAUGUUGGAUCGGUUACGAGUCGAAUGUUGAUGGGGGAACGAACAUUAUCUAUUAUGUGUCCUUUUAUUUAUUUGCCUUUUCUUUAUGCUUAUGCUUUCCUUGGUGCUUGGAUGUUUACGGUUUUUUUUUGAAUAUUUCAUU